AUGUCAGAUUCUAACAGAACCGACUUCACCAACCCCUCCACCUUCAUCCUACUUGGCAUUCCUGGCCUGGAGGCAGCCCAUAUAUGGAUCUCCAUUCCCUUCUGUGCUAUGUACGCCAUAACCGUCUUGGGGAACUUCACUAUCCUGUUCAUCGUGAAGAAGGAGCCAAGCCUCCAUGGGCCCAUGUUCUAUUUCCUCUGCAUGCUGGCCAUCACCGACCUCGUCAUGUCCACAUCCAUCAUACCCAAAAUGCUUAGCAUCUUCUGGUUCAAUUCCAGGGAGAUCAAUUUCAGUGCCUGCCUCACCCAGAUGUACUUUGUUCUUUCAUUCUCAACAAUGGAGUCUGGAAUGCUUGCCGCCAUGGCUUUUGAUCGUUACGUGGCCAUCUGCAAUCCUCUGAGAUAUACCACUACCCUGACAAACUCUGCUGUGGCCAAGAUAGGCCUUGCGGUGGUGAUGCGCAGUGGCAUACUCGCAUUGCCCUAUCCCUUCCUGGUGAGGCGGUACCCAUAUUGCAGAACGAACAUCAUCCCACAAUUCUAUUGUGGACAUAUGACUGUGGUGAAGUUGGCCUGUGCUGACAUUCGCAUCAAUAGUUAUUAUGGACUGUUUAAUCUUUUCUCUGUGAUCGGAAUGGAUGUGUUUCUUAUUGCCGUGUCCUAUACUCAGAUCAUCCGGGCCAUCUUCCGCCUCCCCACAAAGGAUGCCCGGCUCAAAACUUUUGGGACCUGCAUCUCUCAUCUUUGUGCCAUCUCAGCUUUGUACAUCCCAGAUUUAUUCUCCUCUCUCAUUCAACGGUUUGGCCACAAUGUGCCACUACAUUUCCUCAUUCUUAUUACGAGUGUGUACCAGCUGGUGCCCCCCAUGAUACACCCCAUCAUUUACGGCAUGAGGACCAAGCAGAUCCGGGGCAGGCUGCUCCAGCUCUUUACUCAUUUUUGUCCUCGCCAAUUUCCAUACUCCUGCCGUCCAGGGGUUGAUUCCUUUUCCCCUGUCCUUGGACGAAUGUCAGGGGGAGGUUUUUUUCUCUCCCCUUCCUGA